AUGUCGGCUUAUCGGGGUCGUACUGGCCCCAACUUCAGCGAGUAUCUCAACAAUCUGAACUCGCUAUCGCCCUACGAAGAAGAGAAUUUCAAUCCCGAGGGUCUCGAUUUCGAAUCGGAUCUUGCCAUGUUCACCAAUACCGACUUCACUCAUCUCGAUGUCCCACAGUUGCCCGAAGAGACAGGUUUCAACUACACCAUGAACAAUGAGAAGCCGACCGAUACCCGCUAUCAAGAGUUGUUGGUCGGUGCAGAUGCUCAGAACUUUGGCGCUGGCCCAGUGACCACCUCUCCCGCUGAUACCCCCAGCUACUACAACUACAACACGCCGAUCCAGCCCGCCCCUACUGCCGCGUUCCCCAUCGAAGGCGCUCAGGCUCAACCCGCGCGUCCGGCUCAGUCUGGUCCGUCGCGUCGCAAGACCGAACCAGUCGAGUCUCACCAGGCCAGUCCCGAGGAUGCAUCGCGUUUUGCUGCCGAGGAAGAUAAACGGAGACGUAACACAGCUGCCAGUGCUCGUUUCCGAGUCAAGAAGAAGCAGCGGGAACAGGCUCUUGAGCGUAAUGUCAAGGACAUCACCGAUCAGAACUCGAAAUUGCAAUCCAAAGUUGAACAACUCGAGAUGGAGAACAAGUGGCUUAAGGAUCUAAUCACCGAGAAGAACGCAGUGCAGAGUAAAGAGGAGAUCGACGAGGCGUAUCAGCGAUUCAAGCGCGAAUCCGAGGAGCGACAGGACCUCAGAUCCGAGAGUCCUCGCACUAAGGGUGUUGGUACCAAGUGA